ACUGACCGGAAGCCUUGCAGUUACUGCUGACGGAAGCACCAACACGAACUAGCUAAAAGCUAACUACACUGCACUUACCGUUGUGGUCGUGGUGCUUUGCUGUGAAAACUAGUUCUUCUAUUUAAAAGUGUCGAAAUUGACUUGUUGGUGAAGAGUUGGUGUUUCAAACAGGUUGACUCUCCAGGUCAUCUUGACCAUUGUGCGUGUGUGUCACCUUGGCUGUGAUCCUCAGUCUCUGUGGGUGUGGGUGAUACUGGCUCCGUGCCAGUCCUACGUAGAUGAAGAUGUCCCUGGCCCAACGAGUGCUCCUCUCCUGGAUCUUUGCACUGAUCUUCCUUAUCAUGCUGGUCCUCAAGCUGGACUCCAAGAUCCACUGGAACUGGUUUCUCAUCUUCCUCCCUGUUUGGACCUUUGACACUAUCCUCAUCCUCAUGCUGAUCGUGAAGAUGGCGGGGCGCUGUAAGCCGGACUUUGACCCCAGGGAUGGUGAGCAGAGCCUGAAGAGGAGGUUGUGGUACCUGACAGCCCUGCUGCUGAAGCUGGCCUUCUGUCUGACACUGUGCUCGCGCCUGGAGAGGCUCAUCGACAUGUGGGUCAGUGUGGUGUGUGUCCCUCUGUGGGUGCUUUUGGGUGGGGCACUGGUGGAGCUGGGGCACAGUGUUUUCCACUACAGGAGGGACUGAAUCUGAGAACUCUGCUAUACAUAGUUAUGAAAUGUAAUAUAUGCACUAAUCUGAUCCACUGGAUUGGUAUCAGGGUAUCAGAACUUUACAAGUGGAUUGUAUAUCAGUCAGACACAACCGAUCCACGUUAAACACAGUUACAGUUUCCUUGUCAGUGUCAUUAUAAAAGUCACUGUUUCUUAGCUGUUCUUCUAAUUUACAUUUUAGUCAUAGCAGGAUGCAGGCUGUACACAGAUUUUAACACAUUAUUUUACACACGGUGGCAAAAAGGAGCACCACAGUUGGAUCUGGAAAUAGUCUUAUCAGUGCAUCCUUUUGUCGUGCCACAGUGAGACCUAACCAUGUGUCAUUCUGUGAUGCCACUGGAUCUUAGUUUAAAAGGAAGAUUUUAAAUGCAUUAGUCCACACAGUUGGGCAUCGAGCUGUCACGUCGUUUUGGCAUUCACGUUACUGCCUUCUUGUGCAUCUUUAAGCUGCAGGAAUUAAAUUAACGAAAUUAUAAAUGAGAUUUUUUAUUAAUAUUAUUUUAUAUAAGCUAGUCCAGGUGAGAUACUGCCAGGUGAGAAAUGGAGCUGAGCAAUAAGGUGCACAUAAUGUGCCAUUGUGAUCCAAAAUGUUUAUAUUUUCUACACUAAAUGUUGUUCUGCAGUUGACCUUUUUAGGGAGAGAACACACACAGAUAUGUGCUAAUACAGUUAUAUAUUAUGUGACACAAACUAGGCAUGUACUGAUGGUAUGAAGUGAUCCAUCCUGCACUAGCAUGCACUCUGCGUCACUGAACCAUACUGUACCUCUCUGUGAAGUCCCCAUUGAAGCAUGUAUUUCACUAUUCGAGCAUUUCUGUAAAGCAGUUAAAAACCUGACGGCUUCCUAUGUGAUGGCCUCAGUACGUACCUCUCCCUCUGUCACAGUUUGAAUGUACAUCCUUUACUAAAAGAUGUGUGCUAACUCCUGCAGAGUUUACAAGGCCAUAUUAAAUACUGUUAAAAAAAACAAACUAACAAGGUUUAUCACAGUUCGCAUGAACAGGCACAGCUCAACACUCAACAUUUAUCAGUCUAAAAUGGUAAAAUGGACUUUGUCGGUCCUGUUUCAGGGUCUGUUAGCUUCAUUUGCACUUCAUCCUUGGUUAUUUUCUGGUAUCACAGCAGACGCUUUCGUCCAAAUUAAUUUGCAGUAAGUGCAUUGAGUUUUAGCUGUAAUUGGUCAGGUGCACUGCCGACUUAUGGUUAAAUUAUUAAACAGGCCUUUUCACUCAAGACAUUUGAACAUGUCACAGUAGGAAAAGCACAGGUUUAAAUAAUAAAAUUGAAGAUGCCCAAAUUA